GCAAGGUACAUACACUCCGUAGCCACCUUCCCUAAAUCAUCAUGACGAAAGACAGACUACGGUACAGGCUGUCGCGGAGGCACGCACACGGUGCAGAGGAGGUGGAGCGCGCCAUCGGCAUCACCUGUACGCGAAACGCACGCAAAAAUGAAGUGCAGCGCCCGGUAGCUUUAAUGAAGUGGGCAUUUGACGACUACGUGGUAGAGGAAGAGUUACCAGACGAACUCUUUGUCUCAGCGCAAGCGUCAUCGGCAGCACCGGUGGAAGACCGCGUAGGCACGUCCAUCAGCACGUCUGUCGCUACGACCGUAGCAGCGACGACGUAUCCCGUGAGCUUCGUCCUGCAGCUGGUCAGCGAAGGCGUCCCCGACCCCGUCGUGGAGGGACUUCUGCGAGAGCGAUUGCCGCGUUCCAUCUCCUUUCACUUUCUCACGCAGGUCGACUUUGUGAGCUGCGCCUCCCGCUACGUGUGGGUGCGGUGCGGGGAGGAGAGCGCUCACACACUGCCAAGGGCGUUUUGGAGGGACCAGCACUGGCACUCGGGCGGGGGUGACGUGUAUGUGAGUCCUGUCCGCCGCAUCAAGGUGAGUUCAAAAGCUGCCGCCUUCCCGACACAUCUCCUUCCCUGCACACGUUACACAAUCACCCUGCGCAACAUUCAGGGCAGCCUCGGCGACGUCCUUCCGCAGCUGCGAAGCGUCGCGGAGAGCGGCUUCGUGAAUUACUCGCAUGUCGCGCGGCACGGCGUGGGACUCGCGCGCAUCUACGACGACGCGAAGCUGUUGCUGCAGCGCGACUAUUCGCGCUUUCUUUGUCAUCAUCUGCAGCGACUUACCGAAGGCACCACGCACGUGCACCGUGAGAUGCAGCUGCUGCUGGAGGUGCUCAGCUCUCCGCGUAGCACCGGGGGCGACUGGAAAGGUGCCAAGGAGGGAAUGGAGCUCGCCGUGAAGAACGACGCACAGGUGUAUGCGCGAGCACGUCAGAGCGGGCUGUACGCGUCUCAUCACAACCUUCUGUUGGACUUUGUGCGGCGUGCGGCGGACCUCAUGCCGCGCCACCACGACUCUGCCCAACUCAUUCGCGAAGCGGUGAAGCCGUUGGUGCUGCAGGAGACACUGCACGCCAUCACCGAUGUGCACUUCAACGCAUUUGCCUCUCUGCGGUGGCAGCAAAGCGGUCCGCAGGUAAAAGUGGGUGAUCUCGUGCGUGUGUCGGGUGAUCCUUCGGUACUGGCGGAAGUGAGGGGUGAAGAGGACUGUUUUGCAGGCGCGGCGGACCAUGUGAACGGCUUCAUGACGUCCUCUGCACAUCAAGACUGGUCGAGCGUGAGGCCGGAGAGCGAGGCGCGGGUUGCGCCGUGCGCCGUGAAACGCGUUACAUCCACGGCCGAAGCCGCUCAACACUCCAUCCUCGACGUUGUCCUGCCCACUUUCGGCAAAGGGAUUGAUGAACUCGUGCCUGCCCUCGGGGACGGCACUGAGGCCAACUUGUUCGCCAACUUGGUGCGCGAACUUCGUGUGGAGGGGCUCGCAAAGAUGCAUUUGGCUCCUCGUGCCGCCCUUCGCCCGCUUGUUCAGCGACCGCACCGCAUGUCGUUCUACGUCGUCGAUGAGAAGCGGGGAUGGGACUGGGAGGAAGACGCGGGAUCUGCCGCUCUCAAGAAAAGCCUCUACCACGAUCAAGAUGGACUUCUUCGCUACCGCUCUCCCUUGGCGAAGCGUUCCGCCAAGAACAUGAUUGCCCGCGCGGGCAUUCGAGAGGCGGUGGCGCGAAACUUUUUCCUGAAACCUGCCCGCAAACCCGGGAUGGUCUGUGUGUUGCAGCUGACUCUUCCUGCGGGCUGUCACGCCACUUCGGCAAUACGUGAGGCUUUCAUGGUGGCCACCCUCUCUCCAUCCGCGAUUUUUCGACUGUUGGCGAAGUAG